UGUCCUAGACUCCAUCCCCCGACCUCUUGCUGAUCCACCAUGUGAAGUGCCAGGCUGCUGGCUGCUGGCUGCUGGCUGAUGGGUGGGGUUAUGAAGUGCGUGGGUACCAGUACCUACACUAGGCACCUGCCUGGCAAGGCCAAGUUCCCAGGCCUUUGUUAAUAUACCUACCCUACUUAGGGAACUAGGUACUUUUUGGUGGCCCCUAGUAGGCUCGUGAGACUGUUUUAUCAUGAUUUCAACCUCAUGCAGUCCAUAUCAGCGUCACCAUUCAUGUAAAGGACUUCCAUGUGGACAAGUUUGCUGGCAGUGACAAGUGACUUUACUUGGUCCGUGCGCUCCCGGCUCGAGUCCAUAGCUCCCAGCAUCACUGCGUACCUGCCAGCUACUUUAGCCACUAGAGGUACUGAUCGGACGUAACCGUCCCCAUCAAACUGCCCCAAUCCAUUCUGCGACCUCCUUCUCUCUGUACCGUCGCAAAACAACUUCGCCUCUGCUACCAAAUUUGCAUCACCCAUAAAGAAUAUACCAACCCCAGACCAGAAUCCCUCAACCUCCCAAUCAAAACCUUCAGACCACCUGCUCCUACUCGACAAAGCCACCACUAGCCCGGCCUCUGCUUGACCGCGUCUCUGUGCAUGGCAGCAUCCAAAGGUGCUGCGCUACGCGGUGGUUGACCACUGGGGGACGGGGUUUGGGGUGUUGGAAUGCGUCACGGAGAUAACAUCAACUAAUCACCACUCAUCAAGCGGAGCGUUCUCCCCGGGGAAGCAAUAUGCCAGGCGUCAUGGACAAUCCGACAACCAUCACCGGUGAUGGCAUCGCUGCCGCCCCUGAAGAAAUCAUUUACGAGCCGUACACGGUAGUCGAGCAACGCGUCAACUUGGACUUCAACUUCCAGGCGAAACAGGUGCGAGGCAUGACCAUGAUCAAGAUCUUCCACACCGGUGGUGAUGAGCCCGAAUAUGUCAACAUCGACGCUCGCCAGUGCGAAAUCGACCUCGACAGCAUCACAGUCAACUAUCAGAAGGUUAAGGCCAGAUACAGGGACCCCUACGAGUUCAUGGACACACCCAAGGGUUUUGACUGGAACGUACAACAGCACCAUGUUAGAACAAAGCGCAUGAAGCGGCUACAGCCAAACAUGCGCGGCGACUUGCCCAUGACCGGCAGGGAGACCAAGGGAUGCCAGCCGGCCAACGGGGCGCUGCGGGUAUGGUUGAAGCCAGAGAAGAUCGUACUCAAGCCCGUACAAACACCAGGGGCGGCAGCCCCUCAGGAGCCCAUCGAACCACACACUUUCAAGAUCGAGAUUCCGUUCCGCAUUACACAUGUUCGAGACGGAUUUCAUUUCGUAGGAGUCGAUGAUGGCGACACCCAGUACCCGCACGUCUAUACCCGACACUCUGUCGAGCCUGGGUAUGCCAGCUGCCUCUUUCCCUGCGUGGAUGAUCGGACCAGGGUGAGACAGUGGGAGAUCUCGCUCAAAUUCCCACGCACUGUCGGAGACGCUCUGAAGCAACCUCUCGCCUCGCAUGCUGCGGGCCUCUCACCGUCUUCCAGCGCUCGCCCAGCCGGUCCUAGACCGCAGCCGGCUCAUCGUGAAUUUGAAACCACGGAAGAAGAUAAGCUGUUGGAUAUGACAGCCAUAUGCUCCGGUACCCUCAUAGGAGAACACGAGGAGAACGAUAGUGGCGAGAGUAAGAAGGUCAUGAAGUUCAACCCCAAGGACUGUGGUGCCCAUCACAUUGGCUUCGCCAUCGGUCCAUUUGAGGACGUGGACCUCUACUCGACGUUUCGCAGCGAAGAAGACGAGGCAAAGCUUGGCGGAAACGCCGUCAAAGUACACGGUUACUGCUUGCCUGGCAGGAGUGACGAGGUUCGAAAUACCUGCCAGCCGCUGGCUCAUGCAAGCGACUUUUUCACCUUGACGUUCUCCAAAUACCCGUACGAGGAGAACAGCUACAAAAUAUGCUUUGUAGAGGAGAUGGUAGAAAGCACCGUGCCGCUACAAGCAUUCUCUCUUUGCAGCACCCGGCUGCUCUACCCUCGAGAUAUUAUUGACACGGAGAUCGAGGUCACGCGGAAGCUUGUACACUCCCUGGCAACCCAGUACUUCGGAAUUUUCAUCAAUCCGAACGAGCGAACUGAUACCUGGAUCGUCUGCGGCAUCGCAUACUUCAUGACGGACCUUUACUUGAGACAGCUCUGUGGCAACAACUACUAUCGGUACCAGAUCAGGACGACAGCUGAGUACCUGACCGAAGUGGAUCAUGGACGCCCUUCUCUGCAGGAGUUGGGACGAUACCUACACCUGGGAGAUUUUGAGAUGGAGUUCAUGGCGCUCAAAGCACCACUGGUGAUUUUCAUUCUCGACAGGCGAUUGCUCAAGUCUUCCAAUAGCGCUGGAGUGGUUCGCGUUAUUUCCCAGCGCCUUCGGGAAGCUAUGCAGGCUGCAGAUCCUUUCGCUGCAAAUUUUGUGGUGUCCUCGGAGCAAUUCAGGAGAGCCUGCGAGAAGAAGGGACGCUUGCGCCUCGAGAGCUUUUGGGAUCAGUGGGUCUUGAGCUCUGGGUGCCCAAGGCUUCACAUCUCACAGAGGUUUAACAAGAAGAGGCUGGAAGUCGAGCUGACGGUCGUCCAAAACCAGGUAGAAUGGGCCAAAGCAGAUCAUCCCUUGGAGAAGGAUGAUUUCUGGAGGGACGUGCUGGAAGAGCGGCAAGGCGUCCUCGCAGCUGAAGUACCGCUGACUUUCACUGGCCCAAUGACUUUUCGGGUCCACGAGGCCGACGGCACGCCUUACGAGCAUUGUCUUGAGAUGAAGCAGGAUGCUGCAGCGACCAAGGGGUCCCGACUUGCGAUGCCAUACAACACCAAGUACAAGCGCAUCAAGAGGGUCCGCCAGAAGAAGCGAGAGAAAGACCAUACCAAAGCUCCGGGGGCUGGUCGCGGAGAUGCAGAUGGGCAGGAUGAGGACGGAAACGAGGAUGACGAAAAGGGGCACACCCUCAACAUGUUUGGGGACGUCCUGAUGGGCGAGGAGGACAUGGCGUCGUGGAAACUCGUGGACUGGGACAACGACCAGCAACAACAGAUGGACCAAGAGUCUUAUGAGUGGAUCCGAGUCGAUUGUGACUUUGAGUGGAUCUACUGUCUUGAAACAAACCUCAAGGUCUACAUGACGGUGGCUCAGCUCCAGCAGGACAGGGACAUUGCCGCUCAGGUGGAGUCCAUGCUGCAGCUCACGCGCAACGCGCCCAGCAAUAUUCAGACCACUACCUUGUUGAGGACCCUUUAUGACGAUCGCUACUUUUACGGCAUUCGCACCAUGGCUGCGCAGGCCCUCACUGGCCAUGCCGAAAAGGCGAACAACUUCCGCGGAAUGCGCCACCUGAUUCGCGUGUUCAAGACCUUUUAUUGCUACCCGGACUCGGCUAACCCACGGCCAAAUGAUUUCACGGACAAGAAGAGCUAUCAUGUGCAGUCGGCCAUCCCCGCAGCUGUUGCAAGAAUUCGCGGUGGGCAGGAGUUCUGCCCGGAGGAGGCCCGGGAAUUCAUUCUUGACCAGCUGGUCUUCAAUAAUAACGAUGAGAACACGUUCUCGGAUCAUUUCUACGUCGCUAAGCUACUCGAUGCCCUUGCCACUAGCCUGGUUCGGGCCAAAGCCACCGAGGCAGCUGACGAAGAACAGGACUACAGCAAGUUACAGUCAUUUGCAGAGAGGGCCAUUGCGCAGAUUGAGCGGUACCAACAAAUGGACGAGGUAUUCAGCUCGUACCAGAACAUCUGGACACGCACAGCGCUUGAUUGCAAGGUCAAGUUAAUGAAAUCGGGUGUCAUGGCCGUCGACGGAAUCGAAUUCAUGCAGUACUUGACCCCGGAGACGUUGGAUCUCGUGCAGAUCAAGGCAUUCGAGUCGCUGAUUGAGCUCGGCCUCUUCUUGAGGCCGGGCCUCAUGAAGUAUCUGUUGACAAGCAUGAGCCUCUCUUCAUCGCCAUUUGUGAGAGACCGACUUUUCAAAGCAUUCACUCGUGGCUUGGCCUCCAUCGCCUUCGGAGACUUGGACGUUGAUGAAAUUCGACCACACGAGCUCGGCUCCAAGCCCGCCGGGCCUCUUCAGGUAUCUCAGAAUGGUGCGCAGCGCGAUGGCAUGGCCGUGGACGAGGAAGACCACGGCGGUCUAAUCGUCGAGCAAAGCGAUGCGGUGAUUAAACAGAGGCAGACCGACGCAGCCCGUCGCGUUGACAUUGCGGCUGCUAUCAAGGCAAUGAAGGAGGCAUUGCAAGGCAACAAGGACUUGCAAAGGCAGUUGUGGAAGGCCGUCGAUUCUCCUGUCCUGGGCCUUUCUGAAAAGAGAAACCUUUUAGAGCUAUGUUCCACCUUGUUCCCCCAGGAGGAUGAGAUGCUUGUCACGAUGAAGUAUCCGGUGCGGUGGACAGCGGUGAAGGGUCAUUACCACCGGGGCAAGUCGCUCGUUAUGACCUUCAAGCAGACGUACAAGACCUCGUUGAAGCGGAGGCGUGAAGAAGUUGUAUCUGGGCAAGCUUUGCACGCGGUGCCCAAUGCCAUGUCACCCGCUCCUCGUCCGCUUACGGACCAAGAGAAGGAGCAGCCAAAGAAAAAGAUGAUCAAGUUGGCGCAUUCCGGACCUUCAAGGACUGGCGCACAGUCCCCGGCGCCGUCCCCUGCCCCCGUCGCUCGGCAGCCGUCCAUUGCCGUCGCUUCUCCAGCCCACCCUGUUCCUGAGCUCGAGCGAGGUGAUAGCAUUGCGGUGCAGAAUCGCCCGACCGUGAAAAUUACCUCCACCCCCCAGUCUGCUCCAGGCACGCCCACGCCAGAGCCUUCUCGCCAUGUCAUCUCGAAUUCGAAGGCGGCCAAGCUCUCAAAGAAGCGUAAAUUGGCCGAUACUGACGCAUCCCCCGCACCACGACGGUCUCGGAUUGUAACCAUGAGUUACCGCCAUCUCGCCGGAUAUAAGAAGCAGCAGAUUUCGCGUAUCCUCUCAUCUAAAGCUGGGGCCAUGCCGUCAUCGGACUCCAUUGUAGCCACGCCAGUUGCACGAGCAGUCCCACCGACUACGUCGCCUGCCAAUUUCGAAGCAGCAAUGAUCUCUUCGUCAUCUUCCAUCGGCGCGGGCUCAUCUUCAAAUGCCCAGGCAUCCCAACAGCAGCAGAAGACGCCUUUGCCUCCCGGAAAGAUAGUACGCAAGCCUCUGCCGACAGGGGCAUCUCCUCAUAGCGCCGUCUCGCCAACCUCCAGCAUCGCGGCGAAGCCUUCAGCAACUCCUCGGCAGCCUUCGCAACCGCAAACGACCUCGGCGUCGCCAUCUCGUCCAGCCUCACCAGUGGUCUCGCGCUCAUCGACGGAGCCUGCGUCGAAACCAAAAAAACUCGUCAAGCUGAAGCUAAAGCUUGGGAACAAGUCUCUGUCCGGGUUGCCUAAAGACAAACCAGGGCCGCCACCACCUCCCGGUGAACAGACGCAGCCAUAGGGAACCCUUGCUCAGGCCAGCCAGCCGUCUCCAACAUGAUUGGCUGGCGCCUAGCAUUUGGGGGUGUUGCUUCUGAAUAUUCCACUCAUUGCGGUGUGUGCGAAUCGGCAGUUUUGUCGGCGGCAAAUUCACCAUUUGCAAGGAUGUCCCGGAUCUAAGCGAUUGCGCCGCCGGAGAUUGGUUGGCAACUAGUCAAUCUGCCUGGUGCUCGACUUGGAACCUUUGAUCCCGAUGCUCUUCUAUUGUCCCUUUGGAAUAAGGGCAGUGUAGAAGACUAUAAAUGAGGUGCGGUCUACUGGUCGAACUCAGACAAAGAAAAAUGCACCGAGUCCCCCAUAUAUCAUCAUACUAAUCCACUCUUCGAAGAAAGUGUACCCCACGGUACUCGUUUCUUCCGCCUUUUUCGCCUGCGUCGAAAAACGUGGUCUGAGGUUUCAUCAAACCAGGGCCAGACUGUAAGGUUUGCGGCCUGGUUGGCCCGAGGCGAAUGAGAUCGGCCUGGAAUACACCGUGGUUCUGAAGUGUGGGUAAUCUUGUUGGCAUCACAAUGAGAAGCAUGGCGUUCAGGUUCAGGUUCAGGUUCGUGCAUUGCAAGUCAGCGGGCGAGGGAGGUGGCGUAGGGUAUGGUAGGGCAGGUUUGCAGCGGAUGCGCACGGUCGAGACUGGAUGAAUUCAUUCAUGAACAGUAGGAAUGACGAACGGAGAUGCGUUCUUAUGACAGAGCAUCUCAAUGUGAUUUACUUCCCGCUCUCA